AUGACAACUCUAACAAGCACAAAAAAACAAGAAGAAGCAUUCCUUACCAAGGCCGAACCCAGGCUUUUUUUAUCGUACACAGGGAAAACAGGCCGAACCCAGGCUCAGGAAGGCAACGGACCUCCUUAUGACACCAACAGGGCUCUUAGGGCAAAACCCGCAAUAUUGGAUUGUUUUGGGCCAUCAUGCCGAGUAUCGGGACCAAAUUUCCAUCUCUAUUUCAAUUCAAUGGAAGCCUAA